UCGAGAUGGAGUACAUAAAUAGUGUAAAAGUCAAAUUGUUGCAAGUAUAAGAAAACGGAGGAAUUAAAUUAUAGCAACCGUUGUAUCACACCUUAGGAUAGUUAAAAUGUUCUAUUCAAUCAAAUAUUCAAUUUUCAUGUGACUUCAUCUUCCUCCAAUGAUCAAUCCCACCAAAGAAACAGUAUCAUAUCAUAACUGACAUGAAAAUAACCGCAAUUUUCAUCGCCGGCAACAGAAAGAGUGUGAGGCACUGAUUCACAACAGUAUCUUUGCCGACACACAAACCCUUUUCUUUUUUGUCUGGGAAUAAUUUUUUUCUUUGCCAACCACAAUUUUGGUCUUUUCAAGUUUCCUUUUUUAUUCUCAAUAAUUAUUCAAACUCCCUUGUUUUUCUUUCUCUUUGUUUCCCAAAAAAAUCCCACAAAAGAACCCCCUUUUGAUUUGAUUUUAAAUGGCUAUGGCAAAUACUAGCGAGAGCGAGAAGACGGGGAAGGAGAAGAAGAACAAGGAAGUAAUUCGAUUGGAACGUGAAUCUGUAAUUCCUAUUUUAAAACCUAAAUUGGUUAUGUCUUUGGCUAAUCUUAUUGAACAUAGUUCCGACAGAGCAGAGUUUUUGAAGUUUUGUAAGAGAGUUGAAUAUACCAUUCGGGCCUGGUAUCUCUUACAGUUUGAAGAUUUGAUGCAAUUAUAUGCCCUCUUUGACCCUGUUAAUGGAGCUCAAAAGCUGGAGCAACAGCAUCUAUCUCCUGAAGAAAUAGACAUUCUUGAAGAAAACUUCCUGAGCUAUAUGAUACAGGUUAUGGAUAAGAGUAAUUUCAAGAUUGUGAGUGAUGAAGAGUUUGAAGUUGCUCAAACUGGCCAGUAUCUUUUAAAUCUUCCUAUCUCCGUGGAUGAAAAGAAGCUUGACAAAAAGCUUUUGAAGAGGUACUGGUCGAAGCAUCCCCAAGAAAAUCUUCCGGAAUUUGUUGAUAAGUAUGUAAUAUUUCGACGUGGCAUUGGUGUUGACCGCACUGCUGACUAUUUUUUCAUGGAAAAAGUGGAUAUGAUCAUUUCACGCAUAUGGGCAAAGCUUUUGAGAGUGACUGGGAUACAAAGACUUCGGUCCCUGUUCUCAAAGCCACGUCAGUCUUCUAUCAAAGAUAGAAAGAAAGACGAUGAAUAUGAGUCUGAUCAAGAUGAUCUCUAUGUUGAGCGGAUCAGAAUCCAGAAUUUGGAGUUCAGUAUGCGCAAUCUGCUGAGCAAGAUUACCAUCCAGGAACCUACUUUUGAUAGAAUGAUUGUUGUUUACAGGAAAGCAAGUCCUAAAGGAAAAUCUGACAGAGGGAUAUAUGUGAAACAUUUUAAAAAUAUUCCAAUGGCUGACAUGGAAAUCGUUCUUCCGGAGAAGAAGAAUCCAAGUCUUACGCCAAUGGACUGGGUCAAGUUUCUUGGAACUGCAAUUGUUGGGCUGGUUGCUAUUGUAAGUUCACUUGAGAUCAAGGCUGAUCCUUGGGUUAUCAUAGCCGUCCUAUCCACAUUAAUUGGUUAUUGUGCAAAGACAUAUUUUGCCUUUCAGCAAAACAUGGCUAUGUAUCAGAACUUAGUAACUCAGUCAAUGUAUGACAAACAACUCGACAGUGGAAAGGGAACUCUUCUUCACUUAUGUGAUGACGUGAUACAACAAGAAGUCAAGGAAGUAAUUCUCUCGUUUUUCAUACUGAUGGAACAGGGUAAAUGUACUACAGAGGAUCUUGAUCUACACUGUGAAGAAUUAAUCAAGGAAGAGUUUGGUCAGAGCUGCAACUUCGAUGUAGAUGACGCAGUUCAGAAGUUAGAGAAGUUGGGUGUUGUUUCUAGGGAUUCAAUUGGCAGGCAUUUUGCCGUGAGCCUUAAGCGAGCUAAUGAGAUAAUUGGGACAACUACAGAGGAGCUUGUUUUGAAGGCGAGACAAACUGGCCUUCAGUAAUUCUUGAUGCUCUUUUCGCAAGGGAAGGACUUAUACACUGUCUUUAAUGGUUCGAUUUAAAUGUAAAUACAGUAGGGAAGUUUGCGUGCACUUGCCUGUUCGCCCUUUUGUAUGUAACCAAGGUGAGAAAACUGGAUAAUUCAUUUAUUGGUGUUCUUAUGAAUAUGAUUAUGCUCUAUGCAGUGCAUAAUCCACAGAUAGGCCAUAUGCAUCCUUCGCUGGACCUGGCAAAAAUUUGCUGAAUAUUGUAGAGUGGUAUUGUCUCCUUGUUGCACUUGUAAUUUUUUUUUAAAAAAAAGUAAACAAUCUCGAGAUGCAAAUUAUAGCUUGACACAAAACUGUGGAGGAACAUGAUUUCUUUGCUUCUAUCUUGCUCAGAAAUUAUGACUUUUUUUUUGUUGUUGCUGGGAGAUGCAACACGCGUCAGGGCUUCAAUUCGAUAUCUGGUGCUUUGAGGAUUA